ACUAAGGAAACAAGAGGCAUCCCUCAUUAUAUUCAUGUCUUCGCACAGUCAUGUCCAAUGCGCUUUCUGGGAGGCGCCCAACAUCACAUCACCGUCUCCAGGUGAUCCCUCUGAUGUGUGAUCUCCAGACUGCUGCUGUAGUUGGAGGCUAGAACAUGAGCGAGUCCGCAGUCACCUUCGCCAAGGACUUCCUGGCUGUUUGCAUCGCGGCUGCGGUGUCAGAAACCGUCGUGGCUCCACUCGAGAGAGUCAAGCUGCUCCUUCAGGUACAACAUGCCAGCAAGCACAUUGUGGCAGAAAAGCGCUACAAUGGCUUCAUCGACUGCAUCGUUCGCAUCCCCAAAGAGCAAGGUGUCCUCUCGUACUGGAGAGGCAACCUGGCCAACGUGAUCCGAUACAUUCCCACGCAGGCCCUUAACUUCACCUUCAAGGACAGGUACAAGAAAUUAUUCCUGGACGGUGUGGACCAUAGCACACAGUUCUGGCGCUAUUUCGCUGGUAACCUGGCAUCAGGGGGUGCCGCUGGGGCCACGUCUCUCUGUUUUGUCUACCCACUAGACUUUGCUCGCACUCGGCUAGCAGCAGACAUCGGCAGGGCGAAAGCGCAGAGGGAAUUCACUGGACUGGGUGACUGUUUUGGGAAAAUACUCAAAGCUGAUGGACCAAGAGGUCUUUAUAAUGGCUUCAGUGUGUCUGUGCAGGGAAUCAUCAUCUACAGGGCUGCCUACUUUGGCAUGUAUGACACCGUCAAGAGUAUGUUGCCAGAUCCAGAGAAUAUCCACUUUGUUAUGAGCUGGAUGAUCGCACAGAGUGUGACUACACUUGCUGGAAUCAUCUCCUACCCAUUUGAUACGGUGCGUCGCCGCAUGAUGAUGCAGUCGGGACUUAAAGGGGCCGACGUCAUCUACACUGGCACAGUGGACUGCUGGAAGAAGAUUGCUCGUGAUGAAGGCAUCCAGGCUUUCUACAAGGGAACUUGGUCAAAUAUUCUCCGAAGCAUGGGAGGUGCCCUGGUGCUGGUGUUUUAUGACGAGAUAAAGAAAAUCAUUUGAAUGUCAACCUUUGUUACUUAGGUGUAAUAGACUCACUGAAUGUUGGAGGGAGAAAGUGCUAUCAAGUCAAUAGAAGUGGAAGUCAACUUUAUUAAUAUUAAUUCUUUACACAUUGCACUAGGAAAUGAAGUAGUGAGCCGUUCAAUGCUACCUCACACACAGAAAGGGGUAUACUGUACUAUACACCAGCUCAAUGUGAAAUAACUCAAAUGUAGUUGAGCAGACAUUUUUUGCAUCCAUUUUUUUUGUUUGUUUUAUUUUCCCACUGGCGCUAUAAGGAUUUUGUAGCUAGUAAGGUAAAGAAAGUUUGUCUCAACCAAACAGCAUGAUUUCAAGCCCCUAACCUUCAUAGCAAAAGCGUCAUGGAAAUUUUGCUUCCAUCCUUCCAGUUAGCUUCAAAUGAUAUGGUACCAAAAAUGUCAUGAUUUAAAAGUACUACCAAUUAUCCAAGAUGGCUGUUCCAAGACGUUACAGCAUUUUGCUAUACAGUGAAAUCUGUAAAUGGUUAUAGGCAACAAAAAUUCACGACCCUCCGUUCUAAAACUGGAUCUGUGUCGGAUAUUUAUGGAGGGAAUACUGAACUAGUCAAUUUUCCAUAAUGUGUUAGCUAAACUAGCUUUCGGUGCACAGCGAGGGAUACAAACCCUGCUGAAUAGUUUGCUAAUCAGUUCUAAAUUGUACUAUAUUUAUUUCACCCGUUAAAUUCUCUGCAGAAAAUUGAAGUUGUCAUUUAAUUGAUUUAAAAGUAGUUGUCAUCUACAUUUGUAUAUCUAACAGGUACAGGUUGUUUUUUUUUUUUGUUUUUGUUUUUUUUUGCUAGCUACUGUCUACAAACCAAUGUGAAAUGUUCAUGUUAGACAACUUGCUAACAUUUUAUGACAUCUAUUAGCGCACUUUAUGUCUGUGUAAAUGUUAUUUAUUUUAACUAGCUAGCAUAGCAUAUGUAAUACAUUAACACUAAGUUAUACUCUCAAUCCCAGGGAUAAACUAGCAUAAUGUGGAACCUAACAUUAUUUAGACUCUUUACUAUACGUAAAAAGAAAAUGUGGUUUGUUCUGUCCUCUCACUGUCAUUCAGCUCUUUCUUUUAUUUCUGUGUACAGGCGUAUAAGUGCCACACCUUCUUUAUUUCCAGUUUGUUGGCAUCGCUUGUUCAGUUUGCAAGUUAAUGAUAAUAAAUGAAAUUAAAUAAUUGAUGAAUUUAAUAUAUGUGGCCUGUCUUGUUUUACACCUAUGUAACAACUUCUGACAGUUAAAGGGUGUUGGAUUACUUGUGUUGCAACUUUACACCCAGUUUCUCCAACUGUAGACAAAGACAAGGUGGGAGACAUAUUGUCCCUGACUGAUCUCAGGUGUUAGCCAAGUUUAUGUUAUGCUUAUUUGUCAAAAAAAAUAAACUAAAU